UUCAGGCCGGUUCCAGGUGGACUUCAUCAGGAUGCGGAUGGAGCAGCUCCAGUCCUGGAUGACCCGGAUGUGUCGUCACCCCGUCGUCUCUCAGAGUGACGUCUUCCAGCUCUUCCUCACCUACAGAGACGAGAAGGACUGGAAGUCUGGGAAGAGGAAGGCGGAGCGAGACGAGACGGUGGGACCGAUGAUGUUCAGUCUGAUCCAACCCGAGGCCGCAGAGCUGGACGCCAACGAGGUUGAACAGAAGUGUGAACUCUACAGUCACUUCACAAAGUCGAUGGAUGACGGAGUCAAAGAGCUGCUGAACGUCGGACACUCCCACUGGAAACGCUGCACCGGAC